CGCAGACACUUUUACGUAUUGCGUCACCUGUGUGGGCGUAGCUCUCGGUGCCAGAGCAGCUCGAGUCGUUUGCCGACAACAACAUGCGUCGUAGGCGGACCGACGAGGGACUGUACAGCCGAGAGGCGGCGGAGACGGUUAGCCAACUUUAAGGACAGGGUCAAGUUAACAACUACAGUUUAGUCCGAAAACAACUUUUAACGUUCUGUGACAGUCAAGCGACAGUACAGUAAAAAAAAAAAAAAAAAAAAAAAGAAAGAAAGAAAAAAAGAAGAGGGUCCAGCGACGUCACGGUGUAUCUGAGUGAGGGGUGUCCGGUUUCUCAGUGUGAGGGAUUGCGAUGCCCUCUGACUUUACCACCCUUUUCAGCGGGGACCUCGACCUGAAUGCUCCCAGAUCCUUGUACUCAAAAGAAUCAGCGUAUGACCUUCUUCCCAGAGAGCUACAGUUCCUUUCCUCCAAUCAGCACAACUCAAAAGUCAUGAGUCAGAAGAGCGGCGGAGAGGCAGGGCCUCCCCCUUCAGCGGCUCUAGCCUCAGAUGCCAUGUCCUCUUCUAUGACCAUGGAAGGCCUCCGCAGUGCUUUUUCCACCUCUUCCAGCUCUGCCAUCCAUUCCAGCACUUCAUCAAGUGACCAGAUCCCAGUUCAUAGCAGUAAUGUUGAGCCAGAGGACAACAAGAGUAGCAGAGCAGUACCAGAGGUUGUUGGAGCCGAUGGUGGGAAUGCUAACGGCAGCAGUGGAGGAGGAAGAGGCGCAACGCCCCAGGAUCCACAUCACCAGAUGACCCCAUCGAAGCGCCGUACUGUACUGAACAUCUCUCCACCUCCACAAGACCUGCUCGACGACAGCCUUAUGUCCUGCCAGGAUGAAGCUUCCCUGGACUCAGAGCAGAGCAGCAACAUCUGGCUGGAUGACUCGCUCUCCAACUUCAGUCUCAUGAGCAGCAUCUCUUACAAUGACAACACAGAAGUGCCACGGAAGUCCCGCAAACGUACCCCUCGCCAGAGGCCAGGUCCAAAGUCUGUGCCUGCAGAGGAGGCUAGCAUGGACGUAUUUGAUGCAGACAGUGCCAAAGGUCCCCACUUUGUCCUGUCACAGUUAGGCCCGGACAGCAAAACUGGACCAAAAGGAAGCUCUGAUGAUCCUAAGACAACCAAACAGAAAGGAGGAACACUCUUGAUGCAAUACCCGCAGAAGUGUGAAGGGAAGGAGCUGAAGAUCCUCGUUCAGCCUGAGACUCAGCACCGAGCCCGCUACCUGACCGAAGGCAGCAGAGGGUCAGUGAAGGACCGCACUCAGCAGGGCUUUCCUACUGUAAAGCUGGAGGCAGUGAAUGAGCCAGUGGUCUUGCAGGUGUUUGUUGGAAACGAUACAGGGCGUGUGAAGCCUCAUGGAUUUUACCAAGCUUGCAGGGUGACAGGCCGCAACACCACAGCGUGCAAAGAGGUGGACAUUGAUGGCACAACUGUCAUUGAGGUGUCCCUUGAUCCAAGCACCAACAUGACACUAGCGGUGGACUGUGUUGGGAUCUUGAAGCUCCGUAAUGCCGACGUCGAGGCUCGCAUUGGUGUGGCUGGAUCAAAGAAGAAGAGCACACGGGCUCGGCUGGUGUUCCGGGUCAACAUUCCCCGUCCAGACGGUUCAGUGCUAACGUUACAGACGCCCUCAUCUCCAAUAUUGUGCACUCAGCCCGCAGGGGUGCCUGAAAUCCUGAAAAAGUCACUGCACAGUUGCUCAGUGAGAGGAGGAGAAGAGGUCUUUAUCAUUGGCAAAAACUUUCUUAAAGACACCAAAGUCAUAUUUCAGGAGAAUGUUUCAGAUGAGAAAUCAUGGAAGGCAGAAGCUGAAAUUGACAUGGAGCUUUUUCACCAGAAUCACUUGAUAGUGAAGGUUCCUCCAUACCAGAACCAAGCCAUCACCUCAUCAGUGUGUGUGGGGGUCUAUGUGGUGACAAAUGCUGGGAGAUCGCAUGAUGUUCAGCCGUUUACCUACACUCCAGAUUCAGCAAAAAAUGAUGUUCCUGUGAAGAAAGAGAUGCCCUCUCCAGUGAAGACCUGUUCAUUUGAUGAACAAAUUAAAGUUAUCGAUGGUGCCCUGAUGCCAUCGAUGUUGCCUUUAGUGAAGAGAGAAGAUGUCACUCCGAUGGAGGUCACCAGCAACCUCCAGUCUUCUGGUGUAUUUAAGCAGACUGGUGACCUUUGUCCAGCCCCACAGAAUGCAGACAUGAGUGCAGGCCGCCUAAAUAAAAACCGACCAUUCUCCAACAACCUGUCUCAGCCUGCAGGCGACCCUGACAAAAGCCAGGCUCCUGUUUUUACCAACACAGAGCCCUUAAGCACUAUCCAGAAGCAGGACAUUGCAGCCACCAGCUCCUUCUCUGUCCCUGCCGACUCUCUGCUCCAACAAACCUCACAGCAGUUUCUCCUGGAGCCCAGAGAAGGUAUCGGGCAGGAGAGGCCUGGCAGUGGCUCAGGAGCUGUGGGGAGGCUAUGUGGAGAACCUGCAGCUCAACAGCAGCAGCUGCCACUGUUCCCCCCAGAUGAAGUGGCCCAGCUGGAGGAGGCAGUGAGGCAACUAAAAGCCAAAGGGUACUGUAAUUUACCACUUCAGUCUGAAAAUGCAAUGGCCAAACAACAGCAACAACACAUCCAGCACCAACAACACAUCCAGAAACAGCAAAUUCAGCAGCAGCAACAACAACAAAUUCAGCAACAGCAGCUUCAACAGCAGCAUCAGCAACAGCAAGUUUUGGAGAAUUUACAGCAACAGCUGUUUCAGUCACAGAUUCGGAUGCAGUGUGGGAUGUUUCAGGACACCACUCAGGGCAAGAACCCAGAGCAGCAGGGCUCAGCACAAGGAGUGGUGCCGAACCAGGGCACUCUUUUCCAACAGGCCCAACAGCAGCAGCAACAGCAGCAACAACAGCAGCAGCAGCAGCAGCAACAGGCAGCUCUCUUUCAACAGGCAACUGACUUGCUCUCUAUUCAGACCAACUUCCUCCAACAGACACCCUCUCACCCUUCACCGCCCAUGUUCCAUGCUCCCGGUUCUUUGGCUGAAACACAAGAUCCACAAGGGGGGUUGUUUCAGAAAGCUUCUCAGGAGCAGGUCCAAGCCGCUCUCUUCCAAAAUACCAUGACGGUGCUACAGUCCCCAGACCAGCAGCCCUCAACACCUGGACUGUUCCUCCCUCAGACGUCCCUCCCCUCUCAGCUUUCAAACAGCAGUGCUCAGCAGCAGCAGCAGCAGCAGCAGCAGCAACAGCAGCAGCAGCAACAGCAGCUGGCCUUCCUCAAUGCUCUACAAACUCCAGCCCCUGAACCACAGUCAGUAUUUCAGGCUCAGACCCAGCUCUCCCCUAUCCAGCAGAGAAGCCCCAUGGAGCAACAGCAGCCUUCCCAGCCUCAGCCUCACACACAGCCACCCCAGCAGGCAUCCCUCUUUCAGAACAUCUCCCCACAUCCAUCUGCAAACACACUUUCUCCUGGCCAGCAGCAGCAACAACAGGCUGGCCUGCUGUUCUGCAACAACCCCAUGUCCACCCCGGACCAGGCCUCCAGCCUACUGUUCAGUAGCCAGGGCCAGAUGCCGCCACUGACCAGCAGCAAUCUAGUUUCUCAAGAGCCCCAGAACCCCUCUAUGCUCUUUUCCCAAGCCAGCAUGGUGACAGUGAACCAGCAAGAUCGCUCUGAGCCCAUGGCCCUAGGGAACCCCACCGAUCCACGACAGCAAGUCAUGUUUCAGGAUCAACAGCCUAUGCAGCUGGGCAGUGGCGCAAACAGCCAGCAGGAACAGCCUGUGGGCCUCUUUAUGCCUCAGUCCAACAUGGCCUCUCUGCAGGGGGGACUGGCUGCUCAGGAGCUUGCACAGUCAGCCAUGUUUGCCUCACAGACUGGUGUGGCAAACCUGCAGACGACCACCUCCUCCCCUGUUCAACAGCCAGGAACACUGUUUCAGACUGCUGUCAGUGGGCGCAUCAGUCAGCCCAGCCAGACUCAACAACCUGGACUCUUCCUCUUUGGGAUUCAGAACGAAUGUGGCCAGCUGAUGAACUCUCCCGGAAACACGCUGUCAGAUCAGAUCAUCGCCAUCAGCCAGUCUGGUCAGAACCAGAGAGAAAGUGACGCACACAUCCAGUCUCUGCUCAGCCAGUCCCUGUCUCAGCCUGGGUCUGUGCAGAACAGCAUGACGGCCUCUCAGAACAUGGAGAAGAUUGAUGACCUGCUUGUUAGCCUGCAGGAGUCAGGCAGCAACUUAACUCGUUCAUAUUAACCUUUAUACAAGUUAAUGGAUCGGCCUUUUAUUUUUUACUAAUAAUAUCCUGGAGUUAGAAUACUGUUUGUUGAUAAGCACAUGCAGAAAAAUAUUUGUUAAAACAGCCCUGGAUCAUGAAGUUUGACACAAACUGAACAUUAUGUGCUUAUAUCUGAUGACCAAAUAUUAUUAUUAUCAUUAUACACAGUAUUUGGUCUUCUUCAGGAUUAAUGAAAUUAUUGUUUAGGACAAACUAAUUUGCAGGCGGUGAACUUGGAAAUAGGUUUUGGAUUUCUUUGAUAGAAGAGCUCCAAGGGAAAACAGAAAGCUUCACUUUCAGUAUAGUUUUAAGUUUAGUGAUUCAUUUUACUUGUGAAUUUUUGUGUAUAUCUAUAGAUAGACUAUCAGUGAUGUUGCCUUCAGCAUCUCUCGUUUCUCGUGGCGUUUUCUAGUAGUAUUCUCCAAAGUGUUUAGUGGUUUCCAUGAAUAGUGUUCCCUUAAAUGCAUCUUUUGUCUUUUUUGUUGCAUGGAGGGUAGAGUGUGUGGUAUAUGAGGAAGGGCUGGACUGAUUGUGGUAUGUAGAGAUGAAGGUAGCCACGGUUGAUGUGGUUUGAAAAAAAUGUUUCAUGUGAUGCGACCGUGCAGAAAGAGUGUUGAAAGAAGGUUGGAGAGGCAGAGAAAUGGAAGGUAGAAGAACUGAGGAAAUGAAUAGGAAAGGUUUUUUUUUGUUUUUUAGAAAUGUGGGUGCUCUUUAUGUCAGUGUUUAAACAUUGAUUAUAUAGAUCAAUUUACUAGCUGUCGCUGAUAGCCCACAAAGUUGGCUUUAAUUACCGAUGUGAUAUAAAAUGAAAGUGAGUAGGUGUGUAAAUAAUGUGGUGUAUUUUCAAAACGCCUGGCUUAGUACCGUAAUAACUAAAAAAAAAGUAAUAUUGGUCAUUCAGACAACAGCUAUAAAGUGAAAAUGGUCCCCUCCCGAUGUGAAACAUAUCUUCCAAUAUUAGAUACCUUUUCCACCACAGUGUUCAGAUGGCACUUUGUGACAUAGAUUAGCAAACAAACACAAACUAUGUCAAAACAAAACAGAUUCUCCCUUGAAUACAUGACAAAAAGAUGAAUCUUUAAAGAAAGUGUGGUGGUAGAACAUCCUAAAUAUUGAGUGCAAGUUCUCUUUUACACAUUAUUUUCAGCACUUUACGAUGCUGUUCUUUGUGACCACUCUACUCGUGCAGGGUACAUUACAGUCCCACAGGAGGUGGUGUUUGUCCUCAUUGUUUACCGAAGAAGAUACAUUUUUUAACCUACGCAUUGGAUCAGAAAUUAUUGUAAUUACUGCUUUGUUUGCAUUGCAACAUUUGUGUGGGGGAGCAGACAAAAAUAUCUCUCUUUCAAGCCAGAUUCUAUAAAAUGUCAGUUACAACUUUUUUUCCUGUUGGUUCUAAUUUUGUAAUAUUUACCAGCCAUGUUACAACGAUAAUUAUUCAUUCCUAAAAACCUAAUUCAUUAUUUAUUCCUGACAAACCAUUUUAUAAUCCUGGACCAAUGAGGUAAAAAUGUGGAUCAAGACAUUUUUAUCCAAAUAAUGUCUUCUUCAGUUAACAUGCAACUCUUAUUUAAAUACACGCAUUAGUGGGAAAGUAGAAUGUAAUAUAGUACAUUAUUACUACUUUUGUCAUAAGGGUUAGAUCAUUAUGUGUUUUAGUGUCAUUCUGCGUCAGGCACGCAUGAACUCGAGUAGUAUUGUUAAACCAGCAAGUAAAGAGCCUUUUUUGAACCAGUUUUAUUACUUUGUUGGAUUGGGUGAAUGUUGUAGUUUGUUGGCUAGAACUGAACAUUAAACAUCUCAUCCAGUUUAAGGUAUUAUCACGCAGGAACAGAGCCCAUUUGACAUGUUUUCCUUGUUAAUGUACAUGUUUUUGUCUGCAGUUGGCCGGUGGCCUCAGGACCAAAGUUUGAGUCGAAUCUUGCUUUGCAUAAAUCCUGAUGACAGGCCAGUUUUAUGGCUCCUGAGCAUUUAUUCUCUCUCUCUCUCUCUCUCUCUCUCUCUCUCUCUCUCUCUCUCUCUCUCUCUCUCUCUUUUUUUUUUACUUACUUACUUGCAAGUUAACUUUUUUAAGUUAAUUUUUUGCCAUCAUUAUGAGGCAAAAUGUCCUGCUGCCAUACUUUUCUUUCUGUUUGUUUGUUGUGUUGUUUUGGCAAAAGAAAAAAGAAAAGAUGUUUGUGUCAUGUUUAGUUUCACUGUAAGUGUAUGCGUGAGCAAGGGGCUGGUUUCUCUGAUGAUGAAAGAAUCAGCUCAGUCGUUGUCUUUGUUUUCUAUGUACAGUUUGUUAAAAACACCGUUACAUUUUAUACACUUUAAAAUCACAAACAGCUGUUUUAUGAUGGAAAUCACCUAAACUUGACUUAAUGUGAUUCGUGGAACUACGGUUGAGCAGUUGGAGUGGUUUUUAAAGGGACCCUACUCCUGAAGGAAACCUGACUUUGGAGAAAAGAGCUAUCUGUGAUUGGCUUUCUUCAACUUGUGAAAUAGAAGAACUAAGAUUUCCAGUGUUGAGUAUUUAUGAUUUUGUUUGUUUUUUGUUUGUUUUUUAAGUUUAGAGAGACUAUCUUUUUUUUUUUAUUAUUAUUAUUAUUAUUAUUAUUAUUCGUAUAGUAUCUGUGCCUCUUUUUGGAGAAGCAUCUCUAAUUUAUUUGUGUGUUGGUUAUUAUCUAAAUUGUUCCCUGUAAUCAUUCUAUUGUUGGUGUGAUUUGACCCCCCACACCUGCUGAUGCUGUAAGUGGCACCUUGUGAUAAUAAUGAUAAAUCAGAUAGGAAAGUCUUCAUAAAGUAUGUGUAACAUGUACAUUCCUGUGUGCCAUUACUCUUUUGUGAUUUUGCAAGGUGUAGCUACAAUCAUACACACCACAUUGUACAUAUCAUGUGGCCCUGUAGUGCUUUUUUGACCAAAUACUGCAGGGCAAAAAUGGCAGUUUUUUACUGAAAACCCUACAAAACACGACCAACUUAUUUCAGUAUUUUUACUAUGAAUAUAGUGCUGAAUGUGAUUGUAAAUGUCUCACUUAGAUGCAGAAUGUUCUUUUAUGCACAAACUGGGGAGGUAAUUACUUUCUUGAAAUUACAGUUUCCUCUUUUGUGUGUAUUUACAAUGUAACUGGAGAUCAGAAAUAUAUAAAAGUGUGAUUUAUUAUACAGUCACUACUAGUUGUAUGGAAAAGAGUGGGGUUGUUGAUUUAAAAAAAAAAACGGUUCUCAUGUUUCUUUGAGGCGACACUUGACUGUCUCUGUUUCUUGCAAUAGAACAAGAUGUGAUUUAACAUUACCAGAAAAAAUGAUAUCAAACCGUUAAAUUUCCCUAAAAUUAGACACUAGUAGGUAUUGUACAUGUGCCUUGAGGAGAUGUUGUAGUAGCGACCAGAUUGAUGUUUUACCAUUGUUGCCUGUUAAAUACAAAGCUGGUUCUGCCGGUGAUGAUUAGUCCUCGUUAAUUAGAAUGUAUUAAGCCAUAAGACUUAAAGUGUACUUUAAACGCUUGACAACAGUGACCAGAUAACCGUGGUUGUGGUUGGUAAAUGUGUUGUGCAAUUUCUGUCAAGCAUCUAACUUGUUUGUACUGAAGUGUCCGUUGCAUUUAUGUUGUAAGACGUAGAUGCAGGCAAAUUUUCUCUGAAACUGCUAUGCAGCUAAUAUACUGUAAAUGUAGAUCUGUUAGUUUUUGAAUAUAUAUUUUUCUAAAUAGCCUCUCCAAAGUAGAAAAACCAAAGUAGAUGUUCUUUCUAUUAUUUAUGUUGCCUGUUGAAUAUUUUCUGAUGCUUUGGGUGCUGCCUACAAAUUAUUUUAAAUCUUUUUAAGUCAGCUAUAAUGAAAUUUCUCUUCUAAACAACCAUCUUAGACAUGGAUUUUUUGGGGGUGGGGGGGUGAGACAAGUGUCACUAAUAUUUUCAGUCUUCUUUGAUUCCCCUCUUGCCUGCAGGGUUUGUUUGGAGGUUUGCAUUGCAUCCUUUGUAUUACUGUUUACUGGUGCAGUGGUUCUUGAUCUCUCUGAUUUCUCUCAGGGCCUCUGUGUUACCAGGAUGUCAUGCCGUUCUCACGCAUCUCCUUAAAAGUUAUUGAACACUAGAUUUGUUUAUUUCUGUAACUUUGGAACAAUCUGAAUCACAAAUUCUGCAAAAACAUGUGUAAACAAUGUAAUUUGCUAUUUGUUAUUUUCUAUCUGUAACGUCUGUAAAAGUCUCUUCACAAGUGGACCACUCCUCUAGUAAACAGACAAUUAUUGUUCAUGGAAAAAGCGAGGUGGGAAAUUUUGCCUUUUUGUUUCCAACCUUGUGAACAACUGUCUAAUAAUCACCCAUGGGGAAGAAAACUCUAUAUAUUUUGCUUUUGUUGGGGCGUUUUUAUUCUCUUGCUGUUUAAUUUCUGUUAACUUGCUGCUAUCUGUAUUAAACAUAUAUACCGAAAAUUGUA